CCGCCGCGGGCCGGCAGCGCGGCGAGCAGCCCCGGCUGAGUGAGUGCGGAGCCCCGAGGCGCGGCGUGCGGCGGGACCAUGGCGGCGCUGGGCUCGGCGGCGCUGCGGAGGGGCGGCGGCGCGGCCCCCCGGCUCCUCGCCGUGGCUGUGUCCUGCCAGAGCUGCCGGCACAAAGCCACCGGGGACGGUGGACACGGGCAGCCCCGGGAGCAGCACCCGGCGGCCCCCGGCAGAGUCGGCGGCCAGCCCGUCCCGGCCGAGGGCGCGGACACCAAGACCUACCUGUGGGCCAGGUACCACGAGAUGAAGAAGCUGGUCUACGAUCUCCUUCCACCAGGAGUCUGCAAUCUCCUCAACCCCGCUGCCAUCUAUGCUAACAAUGAGAUCAGCCUGGGAGAUGUGGAGAUCUAUGGCUUUGACUACGAUUACACGUUGGCACAGUAUUCUAAUUUACUACACUCCAUGAUUUUCAACACUGCCAGAGACAUCCUAAUAGAACAAUUCAAGUAUCCAGAAGGGCUUGGGAAGUAUGACUACAUUCCAGGGUUUGCCAUACGUGGACUUCACUAUGAUGUUCAAAAGAGUCUUCUCAUGAAGAUUGAUGCUUUCCAUUAUGUCCAGCUGGGGACUGCAUAUAGAGGGCUCAAACCGGUGCCUGAUGAAGAGGUGAUCGAACUCUACGGUGGUACACAGCACAUCCCCCUGUACCAGAUGAGUGACUUCUAUGGCAAGGGUCCAUCACUUAAGCAGUUUAUGGAUAUUUUUUCUCUUCCUGAGAUGACACUGCUCUCUUCAGUCAUUGAUUACUUCAUCACUCAUGGCAUUGAGUUUGACCAGGUGCAUCUCUACAAAGACAUAUCUGAUGCAAUUAGAGAUGUUCAUGUGAAAGGAGUGAUGUACAAAUGGAUUGAAAAAGAUAUGGAACAGUAUAUUCUGCAUGGGGAUGAAAUCUAUGCCGUGCUAAACCGCCUGGUGAACCACAAGAAGAAGCUGUUCCUCAUCACAAACAGUCCCUUUAGCUUUGUGGACAAAGGAAUGAAACACAUGGUUGGCAAGAACUGGCGGGACUUAUUCGACAUGGUCAUUGUGCAAGCGGACAAGCCCAACUUCUUCACUGACCGGCGGAAACCUUUUCGAAAACUGGAUGAUAAAGGCUCACUACAGUGGGACAAAAUAAACCAGCUGGAGAAGGGAAAGAUCUACAAAGAGGGCAACCUCUUUGAUUUUCUGAGGCUGACAGGCUGGCGUGGAUCCAAAGUGCUCUACUUUGGUGACCAUCUGUACAGUGACCUUGCGGACCUCAUGCUGCGUCAUGGCUGGAGGACUGGAGCCAUCGUUCCUGAACUGGAGACAGAGAUCCGGAUCAUAAACACGGAGCAGUACAUGCACUCCCUGACCUGGCAGCAGGCUUUGACAGGGCUGCUGGAGAGAAUGCAGAUGUAUCAGGAUGCAGAGUCAAAGCAAGUAUUGCUGGAGUGGAUGAAGGAACGACAGGAGAUCAGGUCUCUGACGAAGAACCUGUUCAACCCCCAGUUUGGAAGCAUCUUCCGCACCUUCCACAACCCCACAUACUUCUCCCGCCGGCUGGUGCGGUUCUCUGAUAUCUACAUGGCUUCCAUCAGCUGCCUGCUCAACUACGACGUGAAUUUCACCUUCUACCCGCGGCGCACCCCUCUGCAGCACGAGGCUCCGCUCUGGAUGGAUCAGCUCUGCACGGGCUGCAUGAAAACCCCCUUCCUGGAGGAGAUGGUGCACAUCCGGUGAAGGGCAGGUACUGCAGGCAGCAGCAGCACGGCCGGGGCUGGGCCGGCAGCACCUCUGUCUACCACUAAAGGGCGUUUGACACUUG